AUGCCGAAAACUCGUUUGAAACUGUCUUUAAGCCCCGAUUGGAAGCAAGCAUUGACUCGUCUGGACUUCGGUUACUUCACGUUUUGUGGUGAGAGGGACUCUGUCAAGAAUUAUCCGCACACUUUGCUUUUGGAGGCCUUUUCGGAAGCAUACAUGCACAUUCAUGUCCUCUUCCCCAGCAUGAAGAAAAUGAAGCUUGGUGUGAAGAAUUCAAGAAGAAUGUUUGGUACCGCCGCGCAAAAAACUUUCACUGACCGCCUUCUAAUUCCUGCCAUUCGACGUGUUUUGAUUUGUCCUCGUGCAAAUCGAUCUGGUGGCUCUUAUGGCAAAGCCAUUGGUACUGAAUUUCAUAUGACGGUGCCAAAAUGUUUGCUUGGUUCGGAGCUUAGGCUCUUAGUCAAGUCUAUGCGUGAUAUUGCCAAGGAAAGUCCCGAUUUGGCCGCAUAUGGCCAUUUUGUUUUUGUGAUUUUUUCUUUCGGGGAAAAAGCGCAAUGUGCGGUCCAUAUUGACCUGAAUCUAUUUGCCGAAUCCGAGGAUGGCCGACCAUUGGUAUCGUACGUUAAAGAGGAAAAAGUCGAAAGUAUGGGAAAACGUUUUGGUGAUCCAUCCAUAAAGACAGAUGAUUAUGGAAUGUCUUUGGAUUCUUAUGGUGGCUUCUCGGGGAAAGACGAAAAGGUGUCCGGUCCAUGGAUACCCGAGAAAAUGAGAAAUACUUUUCGUCAUCAAGAAGGUCAUCAUUUAAAGAACAUGAGAUGGGGUAAUGCCCGUGUUUCCGAAUACCGAAGACACCAGUUCACUACUCGUUUGGAGGUUUGUUUCCCCGCGAUCUUAGCCACUACGGCUUACGUCGACGUCUUAUUCGCAAAGUUGAAGUCUGCUUUUGCUGGUGAAGCUGACUUGGCCGAAAAAUGUCUUGGUUCCGUUCUGUCGCAGUCGUUCUCCGGGUUAUAUGUCUUGACCUACAUGCCCAACAACGUGCUGUUUUUCCCUGGUGCGUUUGCCGUCGAUGGCGACAGAGUCAUGUUUGGGCAUACUUUCCAUUCUACUCGUAUUCAACAGGCAUUUCCCGGUGCAGUUAAUUUUGAUUCCACCGAACAAUUCAUGUCGAGUAGAUUCCAGGACGGUUACGUAAGAGGUACCAACGUGCCGGAAGCUUUUUAUGAUUUGUUCAACAAUACCGAGACAACCUUAGAAGGAUUACUUUUGACAAUGUUCAAUGCUUUUCCUCUUGCUCCCGUCACUUGUUCUACUCUUCAGGCGUAUUCCGAAAUGAUCACUGACUCCGUGAUGCCAAUCGAAAAACCUUUUGAUCAUUGUCCUCUAUUUUUGUAUGAUAUUUCCAAUAUUGCAACUGUCAAAAAUGUUUAUAAUGUUAAUCAAGGUCUAAUGCAGCACGGUUUCGGGACGAAGUUUGCCGCCUAUUUUUUGGAGCAAUUCUGGGCCGAAUAUAUAACUUUUUUGAAGGAUGGUGAUUGCUAUUUUGACCUACUUGGUUUCUCCAAUGUUCCAACCAAGGCUUUUCUUUCCAACUUUGAUGCUAAGCGAGUGGCUGAACCAAUGUGUAUUACAGAGCGAAUGUAUUGUCUUCUCCCAUUGCCGGAUAGAGACAGCUGUAGACCUGCGGACAUUAAGGAUGAACUGACUGCGUACUUGGAUGGAAAAGGUAUAGACUUAAACUGGAAGUCUUUUGGAACCAGGGCCUGGUAUCUGGAGUUAUUUGCAAACCCAUUAAUCAGUUAAGACGUCCUAUCUCAUUUUCAUUCCUUGUUAAUGGUUCAGUGUCUUCUUGCUUGUAAAUAUCUGCC